AUGGAUAAAAUAUUAGCAGGCGGGGAAGCGCCAUGUUGUCUCAUCUCGCUUGAGAGUGUGGGAGUUGCUGGGAGUGAGUGUUGUUUGGGGGGAACUCGCAACAUCCACAACCCUUCCACCACCCACUCACUCUCAUUACCUUUUCUGGCUACCGCUUUCGGUGCCUCUGUUUGCUCCACUGCUCUCCCAAUUUCACUUGCUUCAUUCCUACACGCAUACGCCAUACAUCCAAUUCCGCGCUAUCAAACCUUCCCUCAGUUCUUUUCCCUUUUCACGGAUCUAUAACCCACUUUCCUUCAGAUUGAAUUGGGGAAAUCCAUCAUGUUGAGGCAGUCACCUAGUAGAAAUCAGAGGUCAAAAGGCUUUAAGUUGAAGCCUGUUCUUCAGAUAUGUGUGUUGCUUGUCAUUUGCAUAUGGUUGCUUUAUCAAGUCAAGCACUUCGGCGAUAAAAUGGCAUACAAGGGGAGCACCAAAAGGAUAUCAGAAAAGGUAGGGAGUGGGCAUGAAAUCAUGAGACUCGGGAGGAAGGACCUGCAUCCUGAACUGGUAGAGGAAGGUUUAGAGAAUGAGAGACAUGGAGAGGGAAAAGAAGACCCAGAAGACGAGGAAGAGGAAAGCAGAGCCGAAGAGAAUGGGGAUGAGGCGAGAGGGGCUGGAGAUGAUGAGAUGGAUGGGCGUGAUCAAGACAGACUGGAAGAAGAAGAAUCUGAGCAAGGAGAGGAUUUUGUAGAUGAAGAAGAAGAUAAGGAUCCGGAAGAUGGGAGUGAAAGGUAGGAUGCUGAAGGCAGUCAAACUGGUUGAAGGGACUACUCAAAAGAAGGAAUAGCAUUUUGAGAGUUGAAGAUGCUGGAAAGAAGAAUUGGAGCAGGUAAAUAAAAGUAAUGGCACCAGAAAAGGUCAGAAGUUAAUUUUGAUGACAGUAACUCAUGCCCAAAACCACAAGGAAAACAGCUGGAAACAGUGCUUCUGGUUCUGGAAAUCCUGUGCAACUCGGCCUAUUCUGAUGAUAUCUCAUAUUUUACUUCAUUACAGAAGCUGUCUCUUAUCAAAGAAGAUGAAGUGGACAACCAAAAGUGAACAAUAAUUUAACAUCAAUGCAAGUAGGAACCCCUAUUUUUUCUUUUUUCUUUUUCUUAAUUGAAACAUAUAAUCGCUGUAGUCAAUUCAAGAUCAUGAUGUAACUUCAAAUGGAAGUUCUAAUGAAGUAAUAGAUUCCAAACUCUUUCCACA